AUGGUUUCCUUGCUUUCUCUUUGCUUCCUUUCCCUUGCAGCUGAUGUUCCUGGCAAGCUCUCGCCCGGCGAGCAACCUCUGCCAUCGAUUGCUGAGCAUGGAAAGAUGAAGUUCGACAAGACUGCGGAAGCCAACGCAAAUACUGUGCAAGGGAUGACUGCUGUCAUGCAAUCAAAUCCACUGCAGUUUCCGCUGCUCACCGACUUUUGGUGCGCCUAUGACCUGACCGAUCGAAAGCGCACCCCUGCGCUACUCAUUGACGACUUGCAGGUAGAGUAUGCGGACUAUGUAUAUGGAAUCAUCCCGCCCGUGAAGUUGCUCCUGCAGGCCUUUCGCGAGGCUGGGCUGCCGAUCUUUUGGAGCACUUGGUGGCGCUGGGGUCCAGAUGAUGGAUACUUCAAUGCGAUGGAUCGUUUCUACGGUCCCAUUGGGUGGAAUACAAGCUCCAAUGCUCUGUACAACCACAAGCGGAAUGGUGGCGAUGUGCUGGCCGCAGUGGCGCCUCAGACUCCGGAGGAGUGGCGUCGAGUCAUGCACAAGAGCUAUUCACUCGACAUGUUCGAUGAGCGGCCCAUGAAAUGGGCCUCACCCAGCAACCAAGGAUCCCUGCAUGUAGAGCUGCAGAAGCUGGGCGUUGACACUGUGGUCCAAGUUGGUGCCUGGACGGAUGACUGCAUCAUCUCCACAGCAUUUCAUGCGUUCAGCUUGCAAUAUGACGUCAUUUUGGUCGAAGAUGGUGUUUCCACCGCCAGCAAGCAGCACUUCAAUGCCAUCGAGGUCAUGAGGGGGGCUGUUGCGAAGGUUCUAUUUGCUGAAGAUGUGGCCAAGUACAUCAGGCAGGGACGUCCGGUCCAGGAAGCUGCACCGAGAGCCAAGCUAGCUGGCUCCCGCGCCCCUCGUGCUGCACGACACCAGACGCCAACUUCGCUGGCAUAUGAGGACGCCGAGCUCUCAGAGACUGCUCCCAGACCCGAGACUAUUUCGAUUGAUGCGGCCAUGAGGUUGGUGGUCGCAGCUGGCUGUAUGAGCAUUCUGUCUUUUGUUUCCGGCUGGGUGUUGCGAGGAGUCUUGCUGCACAGAACGCGAGGUAGUGGGAACGAUGGGCAGCACUACCGGCACUUGAUUUGA